GGGCGUUUGCCGGGAUUACUAUGUAACCCGCUCUAAGAUUCGUCGUUAUUUCUGUACUGCAAGACCUGUAAUGUUGAAGAAACUUCAAGAAAUGCCGGUUAAAUUGUUACAGACAUUACUCAUGCUUUACAUGCUGAAGCAACUGAUCGUUGUGAGGGCAACAGAUGAAGAUUGUAAUGAGAUACUCAGCACAAAAUCUUAUAAAUUUAACGUGUCCUCGACAACAUCCAGAUACCCUCCACAAAGCUACGGUCCAAAUCAAGCAAGCCUCUAUAACACGCAUGCCUGGUGUGCAGCUGUUUCUAACGCUGACCAGUACCUUCAGAUAGACUUGGGGCUCGUAAUGAUGAUCAAGUCGAUUGCAAUUCAAGGAAACCCGGAUGAUGAUGAGUUUGUAAAAAGCUUUAGUUUAUCAUAUUCAGUAAUCGAAGGCCAUUGGUUAACUUACUUAGAGGAAGGAGUAAAGAGAAUUUUUGAAGGUAACUCGAACCGUGGAGAGGUUGCUACGCAGAAACUGAAGAUAAUUACCGCUGCCCGAUAUGUUCGCAUCAUCCCCGAGACAUGGUACAAUCACGUGUGCAUUAGAGCUGAAUUGUACGGAUGUGAUGCAGAUCCUCUUCUCCCGCUUGGAAUGAUGAGUGGUGACAUCCCAAAUAAUGCCAUAACAGCUUCAUCAAGUGCUGGCCAUCACCCAACCGGGUAUGGUCGCUUACAAUGGACCAAAUAUGCGGGAUACCAGGCUUGGGCGUCUACUGUGCCCCCCGGCCCCAAUCAAUGGCUCCAGAUUGACUUAGGUCAAAUGAAGUUUGUGACCGCCAUCGCUACACAAGGAAGACACAUGUCGCACAACCAGUGGGUAACUAGUUAUUCGUUUUCGUACAGCAACGAUAACACUCUGUGGACUGAAUAUAAAGAAAACGGAGUUAAAAAGGUGUUCGCUGGAAACAUAGAUAAAGAAACUGUAGUGCGUCAUGUGUUGUCAUCUAUAAUCUACGCACGCUUUGUUAGAUUUGAUACUAUCACAUGGAAUAACCACAUCUCAAUGAGGGUCGAGGUAUACUCAUUCCGGCGAGAUUCACCUGCUGCCCUUGGAAUGGAAAGCGAAGAAAUACCAAACAACCAAAUAACGGCAUCGACCCAAUACAACGCCGCUGUGCCGCCACGUGCAGGAAGACUAAACUAUCAACUUCUGGGAACAUGCUGGUCACCUAGAGUCCUUGGUGCCGGCCAGUGGCUUAAAGUCGGCUUUGGUCACACAAUGCUUGUCACGGGUAUUGUCACGACAGGAAGAGGAAAUGGCAUCGAAAGAUGGGUGACUUCAUACCAGAUAUCUUACAGUCUUGAUGACACAAGUUGGACAUUCUACAAGGAUACUGGAUCAUCUGUUGUCAAGACUUUCCAGGCAAAUACAGAUGAUAUUGGGUAUGUGACAAGGAUAUUUGACAGAGAUAUCACAGCUCGAUAUAUCAGAAUACAUCCCGAGACAUAUAUUCCAGCAAAUGAGCUGCUAGGUAUGAGGGCAGAAGUAUUGGGACGUCGAAAAGGACCUCUUGGUAGCCCUGUAUUCAAAAAUCAGGUUACCAGUCCUCAUGUUUUUGCGCUCAAAAACCAAGAUGUUACACUACAGUGUGAAGCAGUUGGUUCUCUGCUUAUUACUAUCACAUGGUCCUUCAAAGGAAGCAUAAUUCAAACAAGAACCACAAACACUAACCUUAAUCUCCAAGCAGUGACACCAAGUCAAGAAGGAUUCUAUACUUAAACUGCCACAAAUGCUUUAGGAUCAAGUAACAAAACAGUGCAUCUGAAAUUGAGAAAUACCUUGGAAAUUUGUACAAAGUAUAAAACUCUGUUUGAUGACUCCCGCCUUACAUCCAAGAUUACAUCCAAUCCUUCCAGCGAUAACCUCAACAUCUCUGAGACUGACUGGUAUCUGUUUUAUGGCAGCAACAGUAAC